UCUAUUUUCUAAUUUUAGGCGUGGAUUUCCACCUUGUAGCAAGUUCUAAAUGCACAAGCAGAAGGUAAAAUGUGUCAGCUAAUUUGGCUUUAACGCUGGCUUGUAAUGAACGUGCAACCAAUACAGGGAAGGCUAAAAAAAAUUAGAUCAACAUGACAGAUACCAUUUUUGGCAAUGGAAGAGACCAAUGGGUGUGCCCCAAUGAUAGACAGCUAGCCCUCAGAGCCAAGCUACAUACAGGCUGGUCUGUCCAUACUUUCCAAACAGACAAACAGAGGAAAAAUCAGUCUCUUGAACAAAAUGAGAUAGAGUCAAUUGUCCAAGUGAUUAGAAGAGCUGAGAAAGUAGAUACACUGGAACAACAGAGAAUUGGACGCCUUGUGGAAAGACUAGAAAAUAUGAGGAAAAAUGUAAUGGGAAAUGGAAUGUCACAAUGCCUGCUAUGUGGGGAGCACCUUGGAAUACUGGGCACUACUUCUGUCUUUUGCCAAGACUGUAAAAAGAAAGUCUGCACAAAAUGUGGGAUUGAAACUGUCAGCAACCUGAAGCGGCCCACCUGGCUGUGUAAAAUAUGCAGUGAGCAGAGAGAGGUCUGGAAGAGAUCAGGAGCUUGGUUUUACAAAGGUAUCCCAAAAUAUAUUUUACCUCUGAAAAUUUCAAAUAAAGCCGGUGAACUUCACCUGAGGCAUGCACAAGCCGAGCCUCAGAUUCAAGAUGUGAGGACUGUUGUAACAAAUCGAACGUACACCUGGGCAAAAGGAAGAGUGGCUUCCAGUGACAGUGAAAGUGACUCUGAAUUAAGUUCUUCAAGUUUGGAUGAUAAAGUAUCAUUUGAUUCCAGAAAUGAAAAGUGCCGAAAAAAUAGAAUUGACUCCGUUUCCAGUACUGAGCCCACUCUGACUUCAGGCGGUAAUCACAAGAAACAUGUUGGUGGAAUUCUCUCUAGUGGCUUGUCAGGUAGUCUGACCAGUCUUGGCAGUGAUCGAGGAGGUGCCGGAAGUGCCACUGAAAGUUGUCCUGGAGAAUUUAUUGAAGGCUAUGAUAGUGACAUCAGCAGACGUGGUCCAGGAAAACACCAUGGAAAUGCAAAUCUACGCCGCUGACUGCACAGGAAAAAAGUAUACACUUGACCUCAAACAGUAAUUUUAUACCAGCUGCCACUUUCAAUAUGUCAUCAGACAAUCGAUCAUCAAGUGCGGGUCUAUAGAUAUUGUGUAAUGUGUAAAUUCUUUCAGUCAUUGGUUGAGUAUUUGUAUCCACCUAUUUUAAUAUGGUACAUGCUUGUUAACUACUGCAACUGUAUGUAAUUAGUAUAUGGAAUUGUGUGUUUUAGAGUGUUGUACGUAUAAAAGUUUGUUUCCACAGCUAAAUUGUUUGGAUAAUUGUAUUGACAUUGUAUAAUUGUUUAUUGACAUCAAUAACUUCAGUAAUUAAAACAACUACCAAACUAUCAAAAAACUUUUUUGUGCAUACUGUGACGCUUAUAUUCAGCCAUCUAGAUGAUAUUUCUUUGGUCUUUAUAGUGUAGGAGAUUACCGGAGGAAGAAAACAGGUAAUCUUACUUCAGGUUUACAGCUGCGGUAUGUUGAUAAAUGUGCUCUAGAAGUUUCUGCAGAUCUGCUAAAAAAGGGUUGUCCAGGAUUGAAAAAACACUUGUCUUCUGCCAAAAAACAAAGCACAGCACCACCUCUGAGCACAGAAAACCCCUUUAUCGCUACAAUACUUAUUUCAAAGUGAGGUUCAUUGUGAAGGCAUAGAGGCAGUAAGAGCAAACAUCAGCUAGUCCCUUCACUUCAGUCCUUCACACCCUACGCUAAAGUAAAUAUAACUUCACAGGACUGAAUAUGGAAAGUGGAAGAAGCGCUUUGGUAUUUUGAGUGGAUUUCCUUGGAUUUACCAGGCAUACAGCUAAUAUAUUUGGAAUAUAUUUUGAUUGCUUAACUUAUAGUUACUUGUUUGUAUUAUACUACCACAUUUUAAGUGUACUUCAAUUAAUCUUUCUGUUAUGCACUAUUCCAAAAGAUUUUUCUUUUAAUAUGUUCUUACUCUGAAGUAUUUCUAAGAUGGAUAAAUAGAUAACCAAAACCAUUUCAGGAACUGUUGUUAAUAACACUUUGUAUUAGUCACUGUAUAAAAUGUUGAUAUACCUGUUUAUCAGGGGGUUACAAGUACCAUUCAUUGUCUUAAGUUAUUGUUAUUUGUGAUAAUUUUGCUAGAAAAACGUCUAUGUACUGUACUACUGUAUACUAUAUUAAAGCCUCAUUAUCUUCUUGGA